AUGACGAUUGUCGACCGCGUAUUCGGAGACUAUACCAACUACCACCUUAUACAGUACUCGAUUUAUCCAAAUGAAAAUUGUACCGUAGCUACGUAAGUUAAUUCAUCUUACAGUUUACUUUGAAACUUUGUCAUUUUUUGUGUUAUAAAAGGGACUCAAGCCAGUUUUAAAGGACAUCGUAAACCAAACUUACUUUUAGUAAAAUACGACAUUCGACAUUUUUGUUUAUUCUAUUGUAAUACAGUGAACUCCUGUAUAAAGAGUCGUUCGGAGAUUUAAAAGUUGCCCGUUGUACGGAAAUUUUGUUAUAGAAAAAUUCGUUAUACAAGAGUUCCACUGUAUAUUGGAUAAAAGUGUUACAAGAAAAGGUUUGUCAUGAAGUUAAGUCAAUGUCUAAUUUUUAAACGAAAAAUAAUCUGCUUUUUUCAGAUUGAAAGUCAAUUUCUCCAUUUGUGAAGCCUUCGAAGUGCAAUUAUCACCGUUAUCGUAGGUUAAUUUUGAAUUUAUUAGCCAAAAACGUAGGUAUAGCCGGCUAUUUCUCUAGGCAAACGUUUUGCCUAUAACGGUUUAGGCAAAACACGGUUGCUCAGACCGGUUGAAGCAAAACACUAUCUCCUAUAGAAAUAAUCGGCUGGCUACCAGAGGCGUCGCUAGGGGGGGGGGCAUCCACCCCCUCCCAGAGCCGAUCCGAAAAAAAAAUUCCACAGGUCCUGUACGUGAAAAAUCCAAAAAAAAUUUUUUGAAAAAUCGGUCCACAGGAGCUACCUGUAAACGAGAAAAAAUUUUUUUGAGUCUCCACCCCCAGACGUUUUUGGUCUUAUUUAUAACAGAAUUCAGCAGUAAAAUGUUAAACAACCCUACAUUUCAGAGAAAGCGGCGAAAAGCAGAUAGAAUUUGCAGUGAAAACCGGCUCGUCAGAUCACUUCAAUUUCGUCCGAAAAACCCAUAUUACAGUACUCUACAAAAAAGGCUACAUCAUUGCAGAUGGAAAACUGGUAGGCAAAUGCCCUUGCGUUCCAGCCAUCGACCGACGCACCGAAUACGACCGACUUUCGACCACUUUUGUCAUUGAAGACGGAUGCGCUUACAAGAUAUACAUCGACCCAUACUAUGGUAUGGCAUAUGCACCAAUGCUGCAACGAUUGACCGCUGACAACUCGUCCAGUGAUGACGAUAAGAUCAAGGUUAGAGUUGUUAAGACCAACUGGAACUUUUAUGCUCUGAAUAUACUGGCCAAAGUGAUGUAAGUUGGAAAUAGCAUAGACUAAAGUUUAAAAAAUUGUUAUUCACCCGCUUAACUACAAAUUAUUUCAGUGGAAUAUUCAUUGGAACAAUUCUCUUUGCCAUUUUUUGUGUGUGCGGUUGCCAAACGCUGGGAAGAGAAAAAGCCGUCUCCAAAUCAGUUUGCCAAAGGAAAAGGACCAAGCGGAAGUAAGGAACCAUUAGGAAGCAAGGACCAAAUUGGAAGUCAAGAACAAAUUGGCAGUAAGGAACCAGGAAAAGUCACCUCGUUAGAGCCAUCAAGUAGCGACAAUACCAGCGAUCAACUAAAAGAUAAGAAAGGAAAAACGAUUGACACUUUUGCCAAAGAAACAAAGGAUUCCAAGGCCAGCACGGUCAAAUAA